GGGGAAGUUUGCGGAGUGAGGAAGUGAGGAUGGUUGGGAUGUGUGGAGGGAGCUGAAAAUCUCGGUGCCGCGGGUUAGGGUGACCUACCUGUGUGUGCCCACCGGCCAGGUACUGUGCAGGGUCACAGCUGGAUCUCACACACAGGAAGGGGUUACACAGAGUUCUAGAACGUGCUCACGUUCCAUGUGCAGGGGUCAAGUACUGCUUGGAAUGUUCACACAGGGUCAAAGGGAACUUCUGAUACCCCCACCACAACCACUACUACCAGCAAUUACAGUGUCUCUAAUUAUGUGUAAUAUCUGCGAUGGUCUGGGGUUCAUCACCAUGGGAGGGCAACUUAGGCACUUUGGUAUGUUGGUGGGGGGAUGUAGUAUUUAUAAAGCGACAACAAAUUCCGUAGCGCUGCACAAUAAGAUACCCGAUGCAUUUUUUCCCCCCCCUGGACACAUAUUAGUCCUACACGCUAAGGGCCAUCAAAUGAAGAAUGAAUGGCCCACAAAAUGCUUCCCUUUAGCUUGAAGAAUCCACAUGCUGCAGGAUGUCAGUCAAUUCAUUGAUAAAGCAUGAAUUCCAUAGGGAAUGUUUUUAUUUUAUAAAUUUUUGGGGGGAAGUGGACAUUUCUUUCCAACUGUAUCAUCGAAAUCCCAUAUGCAUGACACUCCGAUCAGCAUGACUAGAUACCAAUACAUGAAAUCAUGGUGUAUCUGGCAAGGUAGCUGUGGUACAGUUUGAAAGCUCCUGGCAGCAAUUUUCUUUCCGCUGUCAUUUACCAAUAAUUAUCUGAUAUGGCCUGAUGGAGGUGGUAGUUCACAGAAACUGGAGAGCAUUAGACUGUUACGCUUCAUAAGACAUGUAACAGAAUUUCAUUACCACUGUUUAUUUUUAAAGCAUAGUGAUAUUUUGUUUUAUUUUAUAAAAGCAUAUUUUAGUGAACUUAAAUAUUUAUUUAUAAAAAUAGUACUUUUUACCAGCUUGUACAUUUGGACUGAUAAAUGGCAAAAUAGUUCAAUGAAGAAAUACUCAAUGUCCGUUGAUAUAUAUAUAUAUUUUGGCCUUAACUUUGAAUUUCUGGUAUUUCACACUUUAUCAUAAAUGAGUUACAUUAGACAGCUGACCUUAGUAACAGCAAGACAUCCAUCAAUCCAAAUCUAAGUAUAUAUUUUAUAUACAGUUUUGUCAUAUUUUUGUGUGGUUAUAUUAUUUGCAGUUUAUCGUACAGUACAGCUGCUGGGGUUUUUUUUCUUCCGUUCCUUAUUUUAAAUUUGGGAUUGGCAAGAUUAAAAAACGAAUCUGUUAAUAAAUACAUAAGUAAAACAUUUUAUUAUAAUUAAAACAAUAUUUUUGUGUGUUUUAUCAUAUCAGAAGUGAUCCAUAAAUAGAACGAAAUGGUGCGGUCGUGUUCUGCUGCUAAUUGUUUCAACCGUCAGACCUCUUUGAGCAGAAGAAAGGGUAUAACUUUUCACAGGUAAUUAUGCAUGAUGACUGCUUCUAAUGCUUUAAUAAUUUCUGUAGAUAUGUUUAGCACUUUGCCCAAUUAAGUAUCUCCUUUAGUUAAGUAUCAAUAUAUUUCGCAAUGCUGUUUAAUUUUAACAGUUAUAAAUUAAUGACUAUAUUUCCCAUACAAUACAUAGGCAUAACAGCAAAUGAGCACCAUGCUUUUUGUAAAAUGGUAUGGUCUUAUACUGUAAGCUCAAAGUUCAUAGCAAGAACGUGGGAUCAUAGCAGCUCAGUUUCACAAACAAAAUAAUAAAUCAUUGUGCUUUUUGAAAUAUAUCAAAUUAGUAAUUCAGUCCUCAUUCAGAGGGGAAUUUACAACUCCAGUAGCUGAAUGCUUUUAAAAGGAAACUACUGGAUGACGGUGUUUUGUGUAACCCUUUUAAAAAUGUCACUUUCAUCUUAUACAGCCCUAAGUAUGAUUUUCUAUAUGAAAUCCCUAAACCUCAGUAAAGCCACUCAUGAAGCUUUGGAAUGGAGAUUUGUCCUUAAUGCUUCUGCAGCUAAUGAUAGAUACAUUCUUAGGAAAUAUUUGUAAAAUGUUAGUUAAUUUUUCACCCCACCGUUUAAUUAUAUGCACAUUUAGACAUAGUUUCGUAUUAAUGUAGUUCAUGUGUAAUAUGGCAGCUUUUUAGCCCUGUACUAUUCAUUAUCCUCUAGAUUUCCAAAGGAAGAUGUAAGAAGGAAGCUGUGGGUCACUGCCGUCUCCCUCUCACAUGAAGCCGCUGGAAGUGAGUGGACACCGUCAAUUCACAGCUCUCUUUGUUCCCAGCAUUUUCAGGAUAAGCAGUUUGAUAGAACCGGGCAAACUGUCCGCCUGAGGGACACUGCAGUUCCUGCAAUAUUUGCAACAGUUGGCAUCUCUGAGGUAACGUCACCAGGUUGUAGACACAAACCAUAUUAUGAAGUCAAGGGCCUACUCACGAAACAUCAAAUGUGCUUUUGGAAUUUCAGCUGGUUGCAUUCAACUUAUUUUUCAUGCACUUGGUUGUUAAAAUUCCUAUGUAAUUCACUGUAUACACUAACAACUGAAUGGUAACCAAAGUGAGCUGAAUGAAUCCCUGCUAUUUUUAAAUGUAUUUAACAGCUGCAGUUAGAUUCAUUCUAAAAUAGCCCAAACAAAUUGCGGAAAUAAUUUUACUGCCUCAAGAAAAAUAUUAAAAUAAAACAGAUGCAACUAAUGUAAUGUUUAGAGUCAGGGAUUUCACUUCAAUAUAUUUUUUUCUAUAAUAGUCCUUUCAUCAAGUAUUGAAAGGAAAUUGAUUUUUUUUUAAAAUGAAGUCAAUAUAAAAAAAAAUAGAAACUUUUUUUUUUUUUUUUUUAUCAGGACAACCGGUUCCCUCUGUCAACACCCUCUUUGCUUUAGAAAAAAAAAAAGUGUAUUUACCUCGUUUCCAAAGCGGGGAUUCCUUUGCUGCGGAUGCCUGCUGAUGCCAUUUACAAUCUCUUCCAAUUAAUUGCUUGUCAUAGAGAAGCAAUGGAUUAGAGUUGUGCAUGGGUGGCAAAACGCAGCCGUCUUUCAAUGAAAUGCUUUGUCUGUUCCGAAAGAAGAAGCAUCUCUAGUGGGUUUCAGUGACCAUUUGAAGUGUAGUUAAAGGACCUCUGUCAUCUCAGAAAUAUUUUUUAAUAAUCCUUUCAUCAAGUAUGUAAAGGUGGUAGUGCUUGUUUUGUUUUUAGUUAAGUAUACGUAAAAUAAAAAAACUCAUCCAUACAUUUAGUAUAUGAGACGAUACUUUAACCAUAUACAUGCACCUUUUGUCAGACCAUGUUUGUCUGCAAACAAUUAGUCUCUGUGGUCUUCCCUGCUUCACUCCCUGUAUUGAGGCAGGGAAGAUUAUAGAAUCAGAGGUGCCCAAAUGGUAGAUCCCCAGAUGUUGUAAAAAUUAAAUUACAAUGAUGCUCUCCAUGCCUCUAGAAAGCUUUAGAAUGACAAAGCAUCAAUGAAGCUGUAGUUUAAAAACAUCUGGAGAUCUACCUUUUGGGCAACACUCCUAUAGAGACUGACUAUCAAAUUCAAACACUGGCUGACCCAAGGUGCAUGUAUAUGAAGGAUCCUGUCAUAUGCUAAAGCUAUGUUGUUGUUUUUUGUUUGUUUUCUAUCUUAUUCUACAUAUAUAUAUUUUUUUUUAUUAUUAUUAUUAUUAUUUUUUUUUUUAAAGUCUAUUUCCUUUCAAUACCUGAUAAAAUAAUUAUUAUAUUAAAACAUUUUGUAAAAAAUUUGAGGUGACAGUUGUCCUUUAACACUGCAAUCUAAGUAUUGCAGUUUCUACAAAAUUGCAAUGUUUUCAUUUACAGGGUUAACAUUACAGCAUCACAGCUCCCAAAACACUUUAUUAAGAUGAAGUGGUUAGGGUGAUUUUAGUGGUCCUCUAAGUAAAUGGCAGGGUCCUUCAGCCAUAUACAUACACCUUUGGUUAGACAGUGUAGGUCUCUCUGGUUUUCCUGGUUCUUUGUAGGGAGUGAAGCCGGGAAGACCAUAGAGACUAACUGUCAGUUUUCAAACACUGUCCAAUCAAAGGCUGAAGGAUCCUCUCAUCUACUAAAGGUAAGGAUGACUUUCUCAUUUUUACGAGGACUUCAUUAAAAUCCUUUUUAAUAGUUGAUGAAAGGAUUAUUACAUUUAAAAAAACAUUUGAUGUGGCAGUUGUCCUCUAAUAUGUGAUUGGGUAUUUUGGGGUAGGAUUAGGGUGAAAUGGGAUAAGAGGGCUUAAGGUUUUGGGUGCGAUUUCCUUGAUGCAUAGUUCAGUAAUUGGAACAACCAAAUGGAGCUAAUUUAGCUGUAUGUAAAUAGUCUAACAAGGCUUAAACGAUCGUGUUUAGUUGCUGUAUCUCUUGUGCAGAGAGUGCCAGCCUGCAGUUUGGAUCUGGACUGUCCUUUUUAUAGGGAUUAGUCUGAUAUGCAAAUGGUCCUGGUUCAUUUUGUAGUGGCACAAGAUGAACUAAAACUAGCUUGAGAUCUGAGCGGGGAGCCACCGAAGGACAGGCUACUUGAGCUGUUUUCCUUUCUCAGUACUCUCUUGCACCUUGUUUUUUUUUUUUUUUGUAUAUAACUAGUCAAAUCUCCUAUGUUAUAUGCAGAUUUGUCCGAAUCCAACAUAAAACCAAACUGCAAUAUAAAUGCUAAUUUUGGCCAGGGUUUGUGACUAAGUGGCUACUAAAAAAGAAUGGACAUACCCCAUUUUGAAUAACGUGGGUUAUCUUCUUUUACAAAUGGUAUGACAUGAUGGGGUUAAUUUUCAUUCUUGGGCUGCUAUACGGUCUCAAAGGCAAACCAAUCUGGCAAAUUACAAUGUGCAAACAUGGAAAAGGGGAAAGCCCUACAUUUGUCCCCUGUAAGUUUGCAAAAACCCAUAAAACCUGUACAUUGGGGGCACUGUUGUACUGAGGAGAUGUUGCUGAACACAUAUUAGGGUGUUCUUUGUCAGUAACACAUAACAGGAACUGAGAAUCCAUGCCUAAAGUACAAUGUGAGGGAAAAAUAACAUGAAAAAAUGACUACCCAAAAGUGUGACAAAGACUAGUGGUAGAAUUAGUGCAUGGAAAGUGUUAAAAUGCCACCAUUUGAAAUACCCAGGGUGUCUACUUUUCAAAAAUAUAUGGUUUGAUGGGGUAAGUUACAUUGGCCAGCUUCAAAAAUCUCCCAAAUAGGAAAUGGGUGCAUGAUGACCAGCUGUGAAAAUUCCAUGUUGGAAAACUGGAAUGCGCACCCUCCAAAUAAGGUCUUUUAGCCCCCAGAGAACCCAACACACCUAUACAUCGGGAGUAUCACUGUCCUCGGGAUAUGUUGCUGAACACAUAUUGGGGUGUUUUAUGGCAGUAACCCUUAAAGUUCUCAGUACAUGUAUUCUUAAAUUGCUAUGUGUGUCAAGAAAAUCACCAAUUUUUUUUUUUUAUUUUUUUUAUUAUUAUUUGGCAUAGAUUGGUGGUAAUUUGGUUGCAUGAAGAGAGUCAAAAUACCCCAAGUUUAAUACCUUAGGUUGUCUUCUUUUAAAAAAUAUAUACAUGUGAACGGUUAUUCAGGAAUUCCUGAGAGAAAUCAGUGUUACAAUGUAACAUGCGUUAAUUUUGAAGAGAAAAAAAAAAGGUUUGGAAAAGCUACUUAUACUUAUUGCCCUAUAACUUGCAAAAAAAGCUAAGAACAUAUUAACAUUGGGUAUUUCUAAACUCAGGCCAAAAUUUAGAAACUAUUUAUCAUGGAUAUUUUUUUGGCGGUUGUAGAUGCGUAACAGAUUUUGGUGGUCAAAGUGAGAAAAAGUGUUUGUUUAAAAAAAAAAAAAAAUUCAUCAUAUUUUAUAAUUUUUUUUGUGUAAAUUAUAUGAUAUGAUGAAUAAUGGUAUCUUUAGAAAGACCAUUUAAUGGCGAGAAAACGGUAUAUAAUGUGUGUGGGUACAGUAAAUGAGUAAGAGGAAAAUUACUAAAUUACUGCUAAACACAAACACCGCAGAAAUGUAAAAACAGCCCUGGUCCCAAACAGUAAGAAAAUUUUAAAACGGUCUGGUCACUAAGGGGUUAAUGCUCCCUGCACCCCUCACACACAGCACCCUUCACACACAAACGAUGGACAACUCACUGCAGUCUGGGUGUAUUCAGCAGUGUGUGUGUUUGUAUUCAGCAGUCUAGGUGUAUUUAGCAGUCUCUGCAUGUGUAUACACCAGUGUGUGUGUAUUCAGCAGUCUGUGUGUGUGUGUAUUCAGCAGAUUGUAUGUACUCAGCAGUCUGUCUGUACGUGUACUCAGCAGUCUGUGACUACAGGGAGUGCAGAAUUAUUAGGCAAGUUGUAUUUUUGAGGAUUAAUUUUAUUAUUGAACAACAACCAUGUUCUCAAUGAACCCAAAAAACUCAUUAAUAUCAAAGCUGAAUAUUUUUGGAAGUAGUUUUUAGUUUGUUUUUAGUUAUAGCUAUGUUAGGGGGAUAUCUGUGUGUGCAGGUGACUAUUACUGUGCAUAAUUAUUAGGCAACUUAACAAAAAACAAAUAUAUACCCAUUUCAAUUAUUUAUUAUUACCAGUGAAACCAAUAUAACAUCUCAACAUUCACAAAUAUACAUUUCUGACAUUCAAAAACAAAACAAAAACAAAUCAGUGACCAAUAUAGCCACCUUUCUUUGCAAGGAUACUCAAAAGCCUGCCAUCCAUGGAUUCUGUCAGUGUUUUGAUCUGUUCACCAUCAACAUUGCGUGCAGCAGCAACCACAGCCUCCCAGACACUGUUCAGAGAGGUGUACUGUUUUCCCUCCUUGUAAAUCUCACAUUUGAUGAUGGACCACAGGUUCUCAAUGGGGUUCAGAUCAGGUGAACAAGGAGGCCAUGUCAUUAGAUUUUCUUCUUUUAUACCCUUUCUUGCCAGCCACGCUGUGGAGUACUUGGACGCGUGUGAUGGAGCAUUGUCCUGCAUGAAAAUCAUGUUUUUCUUGAAGGAUGCAGACUUCUUCCUGUACCACUGCUUGAAGAAGGUGUCUUCCAGGAACUGGCAGUAGGACUGGGAGUUGAGCUUGACUCCAUCCUCAACCCGAAAAGGCCCCACAAGCUCAUCUUUGAUGAUACCAGCCCAAACCAGUACUCCACCUCCACCUUGCUGGCGUCUGAGUCGGACUGGAGCUCUCUGCCCUUUACCAAUCCAGCCAUGGGCCCAUCCAUCUGGCCCAUCAAGACUCACUCUCAUUUCAUCAGUCCAUAAAACCUUAGAAAAAUCAGUCUUGAGAUAUUUCUUGGCCCAGUCUUGACGUUUCAGCUUGUGUGUCUUGUUCAGUGGUGGUCGUCUUUCAGCCUUUCUUACCUUGGCCAUGUCUCUGAGUAUUGCACACCUUGUGCUUUUGGGCACUCCAGUGAUGUUGCAGCUCUGAAAUAUGGCCAAACUGGUGGCAAGUGGCAUCGUGGCAGCUGCACGCUUGACUUUUCUCAGUUCAUGGGCAGUUAUUUUGCGCCUUGGUUUUUCCACACGCUUCUUGCGACCCUGUUGACUAUUUUGAAUGAAACGCUUGAUUGUUCGAUGAUCACGCUUCAGAAGCUUUGCAAUUUUAAGAGUGCUGCAUCCCUCUGCAAGAUAUCUCACUAUUUUUGACUUUUCUGAGCCUGUCAAGUCCUUCUUUUGACCUAUUUUGCCAAAGGAAAGGAAGUUGCCUAAUAAUUAUGCACACCUGAUAUAGGGUGUUGAUGUCAUUAGACCACACCCCUUCUCAUUACAGAGAUGCGCAUCACCUAAUAUGCUUAAUUGGUAGUAGGCUUUCGAGCCUAUACAGCUUGGAGUAAGACAACAUGCAUAAAGAGGAUGAUGUGGUCAAAAUACUCAUUUGCCUAAUAAUUCUGCACUCCCUGUAUAUUCAGCAGUCUGUGUGUAUGUAUGUAUUACAUUUGUUGAAGGUACCAAAAAAUAUAAACUUAAUUUUAUCAAUAAUUUAUGUAUUUAUUUCUGUGAGUUGUUGUGUAGGCAGUGCCCCAGUGCACUGCAUUGCCCAGGGGCCCAUAAUGCUGUUAAGAUGGCACUGGUUAACACUCCUCUUGUGGGUGUCAGUCAGACAGUCACUAGAGGCACUUCCUCUGCUAUAAGCGAGUCAAACUUGAUUGUAGAUUAAAUCCUAUGGGGAAUCAUUGGAUUGUCUGGGAUCAUCAACAUUGAAAGUCAAGAGGUGGAGCAGCGGGGAGGGCUGAAGGUAAGUAACACUCCUCUUUCAAACCCUCACAUGGAUGGUCUUUGUACACUAUAGAGUUCGAAAUACAUGUUUGUGUAUGUGUUCCUUCAACCAAAUAUUUGUACAUUGGCAUUGGUUAGCUUGUAGUUCCAUAGUAUAAAUUAUACAAACACAUGCAUUAGUAGCAUUACCUUUAACAAUUUAUACUUGUGAUGUCCGAUGCAUUGUAAAAAUGUGGAGUUAUUUAUUCAUUAAGUGUGCUGUGGUUUGACUUCUGUUUAGAUGCCCCGACACUGCUCUGCACUUGGCUGCACCUCCCGAGACUCCAGGCAAACAAGAGGAAACAGCAUUUCCUUUCACAGGUCUGUUUAUUGACUUUCCAUAUGUUAUCAUAUUAAGAGCAUUUGUUACAAUAAGUGUUUUGGAAAUUCCUAAGCAUAAGCUGGAAGACAUUGGAUAAUUAAAGCUCGCUUGGCAUGGAAAUAUUACACAGCAAAUCGUUAUGGGGUACAUAACAUGGUUCAAAUUUUUCACUAGCUGUGGACUCUCCAGGGUUGCAGUGGCGAGUAUCUUUUAAGGCCUGGUUAGCAGUGUAGCACUUGAAAUUGUUAGCUCUGAUGUUAUAUAGAUUAUAUUUAAUUAUGUAAGCUUUGCAGCCUUAAACAAUGUUAAGAUAACUGAUUUGAGAACAUAUUAGUGGCAUAUUUAUGUAAUUUUCUCUUACAUGUUGUUUGUAUAUUUUUUUACUUUUUCUUGUAUAAUUUUACUGGUUUAGUGUGUGACAAAUUCUUUAAUUUUAAGGCUUCCCAGGAAAGAUGACCCUCGUAGAAAUCUUUGGAUAAUAAAUUGCCAGCGUACAGACCCCAGUGGGAAAGGACUUUGGGAUCCAAAUUCUGACUAUGUAUAUUUCUGUUCUAAGCAUUUCGAGAAGAGCUGUUUUGAAGCUGUUGGAACUAGGUAACUUUUUUGUUUUGUUUUGUUUUAUUUUCUUUCUAUAUCAUGUCAGUUGCUAUAAAAAAUUAUUUUUCAGAACAGCUUAAAGGGACUUUCUAAGCACCCAAAAAAGACUGUAGCUGAAUGAAGCAUUUUUGGUGUAUAGAUUAUGUCCCUACAGUUUCACUGUUCACUUCUCUGCAGCACUGUUUCUGUUUGUGCAGCACUAACAACUCACAAAGCCUUCAUGGGAAAAAAAAUAAAAUAAUUUUAGAUCAGAUCUUACAGCAAGGUAUGUUUACUUUAGAAGUUCGUAUCUCCUAUUCUCUUAAUUUACUUUUUUUUUUAUAUACAUAUUUUUUUGUAGGGACACUGUGUGACUCUCACCCAGGGAAGGUGUGUCUAAAGCGGUAUAAACAAAGUGGUUUAGCUCCAAAAUGAUACAUAAUUGAAUAUCAAGACUGCAGAGGCAUUAUCUAUACACCAAAAUCUUUUCAUUAAGUUUAAAGUGGUUUUGGUGUUUCAGCAUCCCUCAAAGCAAGCUUCCCCAAACUCCGACUCUCCAGAUGUUGCUGAAUUACAACUCCUAUGAUUCUCAGCCUAUCCAUUUCAUUCAUGGAAUCAUGAGAGAUGUAGUUCAGCAACAUCUGGAGGGCCAGAGUUUGGGGAAGUCUGCCGUAAAGGGACACUUCCCUGCUCAAAUACACAAGCAUAUCACUAUUUAGUAGAUGCAUGUAUUUAAUUAUGCUUUUUUUAUUUAGGUUAUAUCUAAAAACAGCUCCCUAAAGUUGCAGAUCUCUUAUCUGCAACAUUUUCUUCCCAAUGCUGGUCAUUUAGCAGUCUUUGCAAGGCAGGUGCUGUGGGCAGUUGCCUGCCUCUUGUGUUUAGCUCCACUGAGCUAGUAUUACCAUGAAGUAUCAGGACCGGUUGUCUAAUUGACAGCUGGGUGGAUAACAAGGUAAUUUAUAAAAGUGCCAAUUUCUAUUGAAAUCUGCACGUUUUGUAAAACGAAAAAGAGGACACAUUUAAUGAAUAAAGCACUUCAGCGAGAUAAAACAGCCCUGGCAGUCCCCCCUCGGUGAAUUAGGCCCCCGCGGCCGUGUUAUUGCUCAAACAGAGCGGUCACAUGGCUGCAUUAGGCGUCUGUGAAUCUGCCUGCAUGGGGACUGCCUGAACUGACAGGCAGUCUCCCUGCAUCUGUAAAAUAAAAAAAUUUAAAUUGUUAAUAAAUGAAAUAAUAUAUAUAUAUAUAUAUAUAUAUAUAUAUCUAUAAUAUUUGUAUAUAUUUAUAUCUUGUGUGUAUAUAUAUGUCAUACUAAAUGUAUUUUUAUAUUAAUAUAUACAUAUAUUAAUAUAAAAAUACACUUAUAAUUAAAUUACACACGUGUGUGUGUAUAUAUAAUAUCUAUAUAUAUAUAUAUAUAUAUGUAUUGAAAAAGGCUUGCACUCACUGCCUUUUUUUCUUUUAAAAGGUUCCUUUAUUUCAUUCCUUUAACCCCUUAAGGACCAAACUUCUGGAAUAAAAGGGAAUCGUGACAUGUCACACAUGUCAUGUGUCCUUAAGGGGUUAAAAUGCGAUCGACGUUUCAGCCAACAUCUGUGGCUUUCAUCAGGAUCAGUACUGUACUGAUCCUGAUGAAAGCCACGGAAGUUGGCUGAAACGUCGAUCACAUUUUAAAGGAAUGAAAUAAAGGAACCUUUUAAAAGAAAAAAGACCAUGAGUGCAAGUCUUUUUCAAUACUCAUAUGUUAAUUUAUGGUAUUGGCUAAAGUGCACCCGGCAUUUUGAAAUUUAAAGUGUGUGUGCAAGGACACAGAGAGACAUUAUAUAUAUAUAUAAAUAUUAUAAUUAUUAUAAUAAUAAUAAUAAGUAAAUAAAAAUAAUAAGAAUUAUUUUUACAAAUUAUAUAUGUAAUUUUAUUCUAACUGUAUGUUGAUAUUAAUAUAUAUUUAUAGAAAAAUACACUUAGAAUGAAAUUAUAAAAAUAAUACGAAAUAUAUAUCUAUACACAAAAUUACAUAAAUAAUUUCAUAAAUACACGUAGACUUCAAAUAUAUAAAUAUGUAUGUAUAAAUUCUAUGUGCAUAUUUAUGUAAUAUUUUUGCAUAAUUAAGUAAAAAAACAUUUAAAAAAAUAAUGCAAAUAUUAAAAUAAUAUAAUAUAAUAUUUAAAUAAUGUAUUAUUUAAAUAUAUUUUAAUAUUAUUAUUUUAUUAUUAUAUUAUUAUUUUAAUAUUUGCAUUAUUUUUUUUUAAAUGUUUUUUUGUCCCCCCUCCCUGACCAGGCAACAAGCAGGGAGGGGGGACAAAAAAAAUAAAAAAUAAAAAAUAAGGCAAAUAUUAUAAUAAUAAUAUAAUAAAAUAUUAUUAUUUUGAUAUUAUAUUAUCUUAAUAAUAUUAAAUCCCUGGUGGUCCAGUGGCAUUGGCAGUUCAGUGGGGGGGGGCUGACAGUGAGCUGUUACUUACCUUCCUGCAGCUCCUGUCAGCUCCCUCCUCCUCCGUGCAGCUCCCCGGUCAGCUCCGUUCUGUUUACAGUGUAAGUCUCGCGACACCCGCGGCUCUCGCGAGACUUACACUGUGAGCAGAACGGAGCUGACAGAGGAGCUGCACGGAGGAGGAGGAGGGAGCUGACAGGAGCUGCAGGAAGGCAAGUAACAGCUCACUGUCAGCCCCCAACAGCAACUCAUUACAAGCCCGGCGGUCCUGGUCUGUAUUGUGGCAAUGUAAGACUGACUCGAGUAUAAGCCGAGUUGGGGGUUUUCAGCACAAAAAAUGUGCCGAAAAACUCGGCUUAUACUCGAGUAUAUAUAAAAAGCAGAACACGUAUAUACUUAUAGUAAAACGUUCCUUUGGCUUAAUCUGAAAAACAUAAAAAGUCCAUACAUAGUGUAACACUGUAAAAUAUAGGACUAGUAGAUGUAGAGGUAUUGGGUCACUCACAAUAGAUAGAGCCUAGAAAGCAGGCUCAAACUUGAUGGCAUGUGGAAAAUCGGCUUUCCCAAGCUUUACAGACUGGCUCCAAACUCCUCCUAUAGGUACUGGUGAUCUGCUCCAGACGUAGGAAGGAUUGAUGAUAGACCAAAAUAUAGUGGUAUUAAAAAGUAUUUACUUUAAAUAAAACAAUAAAAUAAAAUGUAAUAUAAAAUAGUAUUACAUACAAUAACACAACGCGUUUCGACUAAAUGUCUUUAUCAAGUGUAUAAUGUAGGUCCUCAUCCGGCGUUCUUUUUAUAUCCUCGUUACCGGAAAUGUGGUCUUCCCGCCAAAAAGUUCUUCCGGUAUGGCGUCAUGACGCACGUUCCGUCGUUACGUCAUGACGCACGUGACGUCCGUACAUCACUUCCUGUAAAUUCGCUCGGCGAAACGAGGGCAGCCAGAAACACCAUUUUACAAAAGGGCAACAAUGUAAUAUAUACAUGUACACAAACAAAUCUUCAAAUAAAAUGGAAUAAGGACAUAUUCUCAUUGAAUACAAACAAAUCUUAUAUAAAAAAGAUAAUAAUAAUAAUAAUAAAAGGGCAUUACAUAGCAAUAUAUUUAAAAUGCAAACAUAGUAUACCUCCAUAUUAUAACUAUAUAAAGCUUAUAGACAUAUACAAUUAAAAAAUAUAAGAAAUAUAAAAACAAAUGAGGUUCAAAGAACAUAUAUCUAAAAUGGAGAGAAAGAGAAGUAAUAUUAACCAUAUUGAAUAUCAAUAUAUAAAACAAUCAGAUAAGAGCUUUCAUUUCGAAAUCGACAUUGAGACCAUUAGGAGAUAAGGUGUCCAGAUUGAAAAUCCACCUCAUCUCACUACGGCUCAAGGCUGAUUCUCCAUGACCUCCCCUCCAAUGGGGUCUAAUUUGUUGUAUACCAUAAAACAUAAUUCCUGUGGGGUCUCCUCCAUGAUUUUUUAAAAAAUGUAAAGAAACAUUAUGUUUCAGGAAACCCUUUCUGAUAUUAUAUAUAUGUUCGCGUAUUCUAGUUUUAAAUGUCCUUGAGGUCCUCCCAACAUACUGGAACCCACAAGGACAUACGAGAACAUAUAUAAUAUUCUUAGAGUGGCAUGAAAUAAAAGAAUCUAUUUUGUAGUUGUAUGAUCCUGCACGUGAUCUGAAACUUUCUAGUUUUUUGGGUUUAUUUUUAUAUAUUUUACACCCCAUACAGUCAUUACAAUAGUGAAAACCUUUAUCGUUUUCCCUAUGAAUACUUAUAAAAUUAUUGUUAUUCUUAGGUUUAUCUAGAUAACUAGAAGUUAAAAUUUGCCUCAAAUUUUUUGCUCCUCUAUAGACAAUUUUCGGUUUGUUUCCAAUAUAAGGCAAAAUUUCAGUAUCCUGUUGUAGGAUAUGCCAAUUUUUGUUAAGAACUUUUUUAAGUGCUAUAUGUUCUUUACUAUAAUUAAAAAUCAUUGGAAUCUUCUCACCCUUUUCCUUAUUUCUAGUUUUAUAAGUUAGAAGAGAAUCUCUAUUUGUUUCUUUCACCAUCCUAAUUUCAUCUUCUAAUUUUUCAGAAUUAUAACCCCUAUGCAUAAACUGUUCCUUCAGGGUAUUAGCUUGGUCUUCAAAAGAAUUCAAAUCCGUGCAGUUACGCCGUAUCCGAAUAAACUGUCCCUUAGGGAUAUUGUCGAGCCAGGGUAAAAAAUGACAACUAUCCUUAUGGAUAUAACUAUUGACAUCCACAGGUUUAAAAAAAGUACGAGUUUUAAUAGUCUGGUCCUGUAUAAAAAUUUCCAAAUCUAAAAAAUUAAUACUCUCUCCAAAGCCGAAGCUUCAUCCCCCUUCCAAAUUAAAAAGAUGUCAUCGAUGUAUCUUUUAUAUAGGACCAGGUUCGCACUCCAGUCAUGCUGGGAAUACACAUAUCUGUCUUCCCAAUAGGACAUAAAUAAAUUAGCAUAACUGGGCGCGAACCUGGUCCCCAUGGCUGUCCCUCUACAUUGUAAAAAAAAAUUAUCCUCAAACCAGAAGAAAUUGUUAUGGAGGAUAAAAGAUAUUCCCUCCAUAAUAAAGUCAACCUGUUCAACAGGAUACAAUGUAGAGGAUUCUAAAAAGAAACGUGAAGCUAAACAUCCUACAUCGUGAUCAAUGCAUGUGUACAAACUAGUGACAUCACAUGUAAUGAAUAAAAAGUCUUUUUCCCAUUUGAAGUUUUUUAAAAUUUGUAAUAGACUCAUAGAGUCCUUCAAAUAUGACAAACUAUGUUUAACUAAGGGUUGGAGGUGAGUGUCUACAUAUUUGGAUAAAUUAGACAGAAGGGAUCCAACCCCUGAGACAAUCGGUCUCCCUGGGGGGUUGGAUGCAUCCUUAUGUAAUUUAGGUAAGAUGUAUAUAACGGGAAUUUUUGGUAAUUUUAUAUCCAGGAAAGUAUAUUCUUUUUGAUUUAUAAUUCCUUUAACAAAACCUUUUUCUAAAUAUUCUUUAUAUUUUUUAUUUAUCUCCAUCUGUGGGUUUCCAUCUAAUUUCCUAUAUGUAUUAUGGUCCUCUAAUUGUCGUUCGAUCUCUGAGAUAUACUUAUCUCUAUCCAUUACGACCACACCACCUCCCUUAUCAGCUGGCUUUAUUACUAUUUGAGAAUCUCUCCCUAAAUUCUGCAUAGCCUGUCUCUCUUUUUUAGUUAAAUUAUCUCUCUUAUUCAUUUUAAUUUGUUUGAUGUCUUUAACACAUGCCCUUUCAAAGACUUUCAUAGAAUUGGAUUUUAAAUGUAUAGGAUAAAAGGAUGACUGAGGUUUUAAAUCCGUAUGAUGAAAAAAAGUUGCAUUCUCAAUAGUAUUGUCUUCCAUUUUAGGUUUUUGAUUAAAAAAAUUUUUAAGACAUAAUCUCCUCAUAAACCUAUUAAUAUCAGUAUAUGCCUCAAAUUUAUCCAUAAUACAACUUGGUGCGAAUUUAAAACCUUUAUUUAAAACAUUUUUCUCAUUUAAAUUAAGAACCUUUUUAGACAAAUUAAAAAUCCUUAUUUCUUCAUGAUUUUUUCUUUUCGGUCUCUCCAGUCUCUUUCCUCCUCUAUUUCCCCUUCUUCUAUAUCCCUGUACCGUCUCUUUUGGGGGAUGGGAGUUCGAGUAGGAGGUUCCCUCCAUCUUUUCUCUAAAAAAGGAAUCAUUCUCUGAUUCUCCAGAUCCCUAAUUGGUUCAAAUCGAUUGGAAGUCUCGAUUUCUCUCUUUGAUCUUAAUGGCGGGCUGUUUUCUCUCCUAUAUUCUAAAGAAACUAUAUACAUCUUACCUAAAUUACAUAAGGAUGCAUCCAACCCCCCAGGGAGACCGAUUGUCUCAGGGGUUGGAUCCCUUCUGUCUAAUUUAUCCAAAUAUGUAGACACUCACCUCCAACCCUUAGUUAAACAUAGUUUGUCAUAUUUGAAGGACUCUAUGAGUCUAUUACAAAUUUUAAAAAACUUCAAAUGGGAAAAAGACUUUUUAUUCAUUACAUGUGAUGUCACUAGUUUGUACACAUGCAUUGAUCACGAUGUAGGAUGUUUAGCUUCACGUUUCUUUUUAGAAUCCUCUACAUUGUAUCCUGUUGAACAGGUUGACUUUAUUAUGGAGGGAAUAUCUUUUAUCCUCCAUAACAAUUUCUUCUGGUUUGAGGAUAAUUUUUUUUUACAAUGUAGAGGGACAGCCAUGGGGACCAGGUUCGCGCCCAGUUAUGCUAAUUUAUUUAUGUCCUAUUGGGAAGACAGAUAUGUGUAUUCCCAGCAUGACUGGAGUGCGAACCUGGUCCUAUAUAAAAGAUACAUUGAUGACAUCUUUUUAAUUUGGAAGGGGGAUGAAGCUUCGGCUUUGGAUUUUAUUAAGUUUUUAAAUUCCAAUCAGUGGAAUAUUCAUUUAACUCAGGAGAUUGCUAAAGAGAGUAUUAAUUUUUUAGAUUUGGAAAUUUUUAUACAGGACCAGACUAUUAAAACUCGUACUUUUUUUAAACCUGUGGAUGUCAAUAGUUAUAUCCAUAAGGAUAGUUGUCAUUUUUUACCCUGGCUCGACAAUAUCCCUAAGGGACAGUUUAUUCGGAUACGGCGUAACUGCACGGAUUUGAAUUCUUUUGAAGACCAAGCUAAUACCCUGAAGGAACAGUUUAUGCAUAGGGGUUAUAAUUCUGAAAAAUUAGAAGAUGAAAUUAGGAUGGUGAAAGAAACAAAUAGAGAUUCUCUUCUAACUUAUAAAACCAGAGAUAAGGAAAAGGGUGAGAAGAUUCCAAUGAUUUUUAAUUAUAAUAAAGAACAUAUAGCACUUAAAAAAGUUCUUAACAAAAAUUGGCAUAUCCUACAACAGGAUACUGAAAUUUUGCCUUAUAUUGGAAACAAACCGAAAAUUGUUUAUAGAGGAGCAAAAAAUUUGAGGCAAAUUUUAACUUCUAGUUAUCUAGAUAAACCUAAGAAUAACAAUAAUUUUAUAAGUAUUCAUAGGGAAAACGAUAAAGGUUUUCACUAUUGUAAUGACUGUAUGGGGUGCAAAAUAUAUAAAAAUAAACCCAAAAAACUAGAAAGUUUCAGAUCACGUGCAGGAUCAUACAACUACAAAAUAGAUUCUUUUAUUUCAUGCCACUCUAAGAAUAUUAUAUAUGUUCUCGUAUGUCCUUGUGGGUUCCAGUAUGUUGGGAGGACCUCAAGGACAUUUAAAACUAGAAUACGCGAACAUAUAUAUAAUAUCAGAAAGGGUUUCCUGAAACAUAAUGUUUCUUUACAUUUUUUUAAAAAUCAUGGAGGAGACCCCACAGGAAUUAUGUUUUAUGGUAUACAACAAAUUAGACCCCAUUGGAGGGGAGGUCAUGGAGAAUCAGCCUUGAGCCGUAGUGAGAUGAGGUGGAUUUUCAAUCUGGACACCUUAUCUCCUAAUGGUCUCAAUGUCGAUUUCGAAAUGAAAGCUCUUAUCUGAUUGUUUUAUAUAUUGAUAUUCAAUAUGGUUAAUAUUACUUCUCUUUCUCUCCAUUUUAGAUAUAUGUUCUUUGAACCUCAUUUGUUUUUAUAUUUCUUAUAUUUUUUAAUUGUAUAUGUCUAUAAGCUUUAUAUAGUUAUAAUAUGGAGGUAUACUAUGUUUGCAUUUUAAAUAUAUUGCUAUGUAAUGCCCUUUUAUUAUUAUUAUUAUUAUCUUUUUUCAUACAAGAUUUGUUUGUAUUCAAUGAGAAUAUGUCCUUAUUCCAUUUUAUUUGAAGAUUUGCUUGUGUACAUGUAUAUACUACAUUGUUGCCCUUUUGUAAAAUGGUGUUUCUGGCUGCCCUCGUUUCGCCGAGCGAAUUUACAGGAAGUGAUGUACGGACGUCACGUGCGUCAUGACGUAACGACGGAACGUGCGUCAUGACGCCAUACCGGAAGAACUUUUUGGCGGGAAGACCACAUUUCCGGUAACGAGGAUAUAAAAAGAACGCCGGAUGAGGACCUACAUUAUACACUUGAUAAAGACAUUUAGUCGAAACGCGUUGUGUUAUUGUAUGUAAUACUAUUUUAUAUUACAUUUUAUUUUAUUGUUUUAUUUAAAGUAAAUACUUUUUAAUACCACUAUAUUUUGGUCUAUCAUCAAUCCUUCCUACGUCUGGAGCAGAUCACCAGUACCUAUAGGAGGAGUUUGGAGCCAGUCUGUAAAGCUUGGGAAAGCUGAUUUUCCACAUGCCAUCAAGUUUGAGCCUGCUUUCUAGGCUCUAUCUAUUGUGAGUGACCCAAUACCUCUACAUCUACUAGUCCUAUAUUUUACAGUGUUACACUAUGUAUGGACUUUUUAUGUUUUUCAGAUUAAGCCAAAGGAACGUUUUACUAUAAGUAUAUACGUGUUCUGCUUUUUAUCUGUACACUGCACCCCCCACUUUGCUAUUUUAUUUUAUUACUGUUUGUAAGUGUCUUUUGAGUGAUUUAUUGACACUGGGGGUAGUUGCUGCUCUGUUCUCUAGCGCCAAUCCACCUAUAUCUAUUCCUUCCCUUGUGGUGGAAUUUUGUUUUUUACUCGAGUAUAUGUGAUGUGUGUGUGUGUGUGUAUAUAUAUAUAUAUGUGUGUGUGUGUAUAUAUAUAUAUAUAUAUAUAUAUAUAUAUAUAUACACACACACAUAUAUAUACAUACACACACACAAACUGAUUGUGCAGAGGUGCUAUUCACCUCUUUCCACUUUACAUUGCUGUAAAAUCAAAAUUCAAAGAAUUUCUUGAUGUAUCGUGCAGUUGUCCUCUGUUGCUUAUCACUGUCAAAUGUAAGCAAGCAGAGUGCAGGCAUAGAGCAUAUUUAUUUUCACAAUCUAUCUCAAAACAGUGUCUGGGAGAGAUUUGAGAGUUUUUGACCCGUUCGUACUUUAGAAAAAGUGUAGAUGGGUGUUUUUGUCAGACACUCCAGAGCCCUAAAGUACUUUAGGUUGCUGUAUGAAGAGUGUUUCCUUUUUUUUUUUCCUUCAUUUUGCAAAAAGUGUAGAUUUCAAUAGAAAUUGACACUAUUAUAAAUUAACAUGGUAACACUUUCAAACAGACAACAGGUCCUGCUACAGACAAAAGAAAUUCAGGUUUUUAGAAAUACCCUAAAUUAAAUGAAUACAUAAUUGAAUGCAUGCUGUCAUUUGUGACAUAUCUACUAAACAGUGAUUUUUAUUUUGUAUUUGGGCAGUGUCCCUUUAAGUUUUUUUUCCCCCCUAUAAAAUGUUUCAUAUUAUAUUAAAUGAUCAAUUAUAAAUGAGUGUUAGGUAGGUACUGGAAGAACUCACUCUUUGUCACAGGAUGUCUGAAGGAUUAAUGCGCUAACCCUGUGUGGAAUCUGCAAGAAGGCUGUUUUCUAUUUUGAUUAAUGUAAAGGUUUCAAGACUUACAUUUCAGAGAUUAUAUUGGUGCCUAUGUCAUUCUAAAUAUCUCUAUUAUAUAGUGUGCCAGAGAGUCAGUGCUUCUGUGCACUUUACUCUAAGACGGUGUGUUUUUGCUUUUUUAACCCCUUAGCGACCAAGGCAUUUUUGCCUUGAGGACCGAUGACGGUCCUGAACCGUCCUAACGGUCUGAGCUACUUACCUGAUCGCCGUCGUUCCCCCGGCGUCGAUCAGCAUGGCUCCGGUUGUGGGGAGACUGCCUGCAGCCCAGACAGUCUCCCCACACUGAAUUAGGACCCCCUGUGGCCAUGUGAUCGCUUAACACAGCGAUCACAUGGUCACAAUAGGUGUCCAUAGUGCUGCCUGCAGGGGGACUGUCUGUGCUGACAGGCAGUCCCCCUGCUAGUGUAAAAUAAAAAAUAAAAUAAAGUUAAUGUUAAUUAAAAAAAUAAUAAUUAUAUAUGUGUAUAUAUGAUAUAUAGACAUAUAUUAUAUCUAUAUAAUAUAUGUCUAUAUAUCAUAUAUCAUAUAUAUAUAAUGCCAUACUAAGUGUAUUUUUAUAUUAAUAUGUACUUAUAUUAAUAUAAAAAUACACUUAUAAUUAAAUUACACACGUGUAUAUAUAUAAUAUAUAUAAUAACUAUAUAUAUUGUAUAUAUAUAUAUUAUUAUAAAAUAUAAAUAAUAAGUAAUUUAAAUUAAAUAAAAAAAAUUUAAAAUAAUAAAAAAAUUAAAAAAAAUUAUAUCUAUAUGAAAUUUUAUUCUAACUGUAUUUUAAAAUUAAUAUAUAUAUAUUUAUAUCAAAAUACACUUAGAAUGAAUUUGUAUUAUAUCUAUGUAUAUAAAAAUAAAUAAAAAUAAUAAGAAAUAUACAUAUGGCCAUAUACAAAAUUACAUAAAUAAUUAUAUAAAUAUACACGUAGACUUCAGAUAUAUAAAUAUGCAUAUAUAUUUAAAUUCUACGUGCGUAUUUAUGUAAUAGUUUUACAUAAUUCAGUAAUUUUAUUGAUUGCAAUUUAAGGGACCUGCCUGCCAACCCAGGCCGAAAUUCCAGAGAAUUGAAUUUGCUAGCACUGUAUUUUACCCUGUAACGUUCUACGACACCCUAAAACCUGUACAUGGGGGGUACUGUUUUACUCGGGAGACUUCGCUGAACACAAAUAUUAGUGAUUCAAAACAGUAAAACAUAUCACAGCGAUGAUAUUGUCAGUGAAAGUGACUUUUUUUGCAUUUUUCACACACAAACAGCACUUUUACUGAUGAUAUAAUUGUUGUGAUACGUUUUCCAGUUUUUAAACACUAAUAUUUGUGUUCAGCGAUGUCUCCCGAGUAAAACAGUACCCCCCAUGUACAGGUUUUAUAGCAUUUUUGAAAGUUACAAGGUCAAAUAUAUGGGUCAAAUAUGUUUACAUUGAAAAUGGCCAGGUUGGUUACGUUGCCUUUGAGAGCGUAUGGUAGCCCAGGAAUGAGAAUUACCCCCAUGAUGGCAUACCAUUUGCAAAAGAAGACAACCCAAGGUAUUGCAAAUGGGGUAUGUCCAGUCUUUUUUAGUAACCACUUGGUCACAAACACUGGCCAAAAUUAGCGUUCAAUUUAGUUUUUUUACUUUUUUCACACACAAACAAAUAUGAAUGCUUACUUUGGCCAGUGUUUUCGACUAAGUGGCUACUAAAAAAGACUGGACAUACCCCAUAUUGAAUACCCUGGGUUGUCUACUUUAAAAAAAAUAUGUACAUGUGGGGUGUUAUUCAGAGAUUUAUGACAGAUAAUAGUGUUACAAUGUCACUAUUGAUAAAUUUUAAAAAUUUAUGUUUUGAAACCGCAAUAUUCUACUUGUACCUAUAGCCCUAUAACAUGCAAAAAAGCAUGUAAACACGGGGUAUUUUUAAACUCAGGACAAAAUUUUGAAUCUAUUUAGCAGUUUUUUUCAUUCGCUUUUGUAGAUGAGUAAAAGAUUUUUCAAGUAAAAGUCAAAAAACAUGUAUUUUUUUCAAUUUUUCAUCAUAUUUUUUAUUUUUUUUAAAUUAAAAUACAUGAGAUUAUAUAAAUAAUGGUAUGUAAAGAAAGCCCCUUUUGUCCUGAAAAAAACAAUAUAUAAUUUGUAUGGGAACAGUAAAUGAGAGAGCGGAAAAUUCCAGCCAAACACAAACACCACAAAAGUGUAAAAAUAUGCCUGGUCGCAAAUGUACAACAUCGCAAAAACAGUCCAGUCCUUAAGGGGUUAAUGUGGUUUUUUUUUUUUUUUUUUUUGUCAAACAUACAAACAAAAACUUUACUUUAGAAUCCACAGUUAUGAUAGCACAGUCAACUGCAUUCUAUUAAUUGCUGUAUUCCCUACUUUACAAAAAUGGCCUUCUACUUUAUAGUGCUGUGGCUGCACUGGUGUGGAUAUUUCCACAUUUGGUUUUUCCAAGUCUUGCUUCGCAAUUGCUUUAGUGAAUAACCAGGCAAAACGCUUUUAUGAUUAUUCACUAAAGUGAGAAUUGCUGGCAAUUCAAAUGAAAUUCAUAGUAAAUAUUAGUUUUAAGUACGAAGUAGCCAAACUUAAAAUAUAAAUCUGAAUGCCCAAUACUUCCUUCUUUAGAGAAAAACCUUGUCAUUAACUAAAAUGUAUUUAUGGUAUAAAAAACAGAACCGACAAAGUCGACCCAUGGUAUUUUUUUUUUUUUUUUUUUUAAUUCCAUGGAUCUGUAUAUUCUACACUUCAAAUAAUGUCUAUACAAAAUAAAACUGUGGUGAAGGAAUUGUCCGUUUAUCCCUCAGCUUUUGUGUUUUGUACAGUGGCUAUCAUCGUCUUAAGGAGGAUGCUGUUCCAACAAUAUUUUUGCCUUUCACGAAGCACCGAAGAUCAGCAAAAACUAAAACGCAAAAAAGAAAAACUGCAAAGAACGCAAAAGCAAAACGAAAACCGUAAGUUUGUGUAUUCAGUGUAGAUAUUAUGGAUUUUCUCCAAUUUGGUAUUAAUAUUAGAGCCCCCAUCCAUCGCCCAUAGGUGGAGGCCAGAGAGGGGGUUAGAGUCCUCCACCCUUUGUUAUUAAUAUCAGUACCCCCAGUUGUCCAUGGGGUGGCACUAGACCUUCGCCAUGAAUAUUUAAAGUAGCCACCACCCGUUUUUUUUUGUGUGGUUUUUUUGUUAUAGCAAAAAGCAAGUGAAUGACAAUUUGUAAAUGUGCAUUCUAUCUAUCUUUUACCACCAUGUGGUUGUUAAGUUUCUGAUUUCUGUGCUUGAAAUUUGUUCAGAUAUGGAUAUAGCAAAUUUUUCCUAAUCCUGACCAUGUUUAGCAUUAGUAAAUUUGUGAACUGACAAUUUAGUCUAAAUUCUGUCGUUAUCACCGGAUUUUAUGAGUUUUGGACAUUUUUUUUUUAAUGUUAUAACUCUGUAUAUAUUGUACACUUUUUUAAGUGUGUAAAAAAAAAAAAAAAGAAGAAGCUCUUCACCUCCUGUGUUGCUUGGGCUAAUGAGAAACCAUCAGGCUGAGCAGCAAUGGGCGGGGGGAGAGAAGAGGAGAUGCUGGGGGGAGAGAAGAGGCGAAUUAGUUCGGACAACUGUAUGAGUUUUUUUUUUUUUUUCUUUCUAAACUUAAACCUCGGUAUUCAGGUUUAAUUGCCGUGUUGGCACUUUGAGGGAAAAAAGUUGACAUGUACUGCGGUUUGGGCACUCGGGCUCAAAAAGGUUCGCCAUCACUGGUAUAGACCAAUCGACAAUACCUUGGAGAUGAAUUGCCUGGUAGUAGAGCCAUAUGUCGGGAAGGCCUACAUCUUAUUGGUCUUUAGGUCUAGUGAGAAUAUUGUAUGCUAUUCUUGGUCGUUUUUUGACCCAGAUAAAUCUGUAUCGUCUUGAAAAAUUUCCGUGGGACAGUGAUAGGGAGUGUGUUCAAAAGAUCCAAAAGCCUGGGGGGGAUAUUCAUCUGGAUAAUGUUAAAACCAGCGGAAGUGUGGCCUAUCCCAAUUAUCCAAGUCCCUACGAAUGGAUUUUACUAAUUGUGGGAAGUUAGCUGUGUAUAAAUCUUUGUUGCGAGGGGUUAAGUUAACACCUAAAUAUUUUAUAGAUCGUUGGGCCCGUUGAAAGGUAUAUUGCACUUGUAAUUGCGAUUUGUCUGUAUCGUUUACCGUAAGGUUUAGAAUUUAAAUUGUUAUAUUUAUUUUAAAAUUAGACAGUUCACUGUACGUAAACAGCUCGCUCAUUAGAAAUGGGAAAGAGCUAGUCGGGUUACCCAGAGUAAACAAUAGAUCAUCUGCAAAAGCUGAUACUUUGUAUUCUUGUUUGCCCACUGUCAUACCCUCUAGUCGAGGCUGUUGUCGCACAGCAUUCUAUAAGGGCUGCAGAACCAGGAUAAAUAGUAGUGGAGAUAAGGGGCACCCUUGAUGGGUCCCGUUUUUAAUAUGGAAUGAUUCCGAUAAUUGCCCACUGAUCUUUAGUUUUGCCGUAGGGCAUGAGUAUACUGCCUUGAUCCACUGCAUCUACCUCUGACCAAACCCCAGUACUUCCAGCUUCGACAAAAGGAAGCUCCAGUCCACCUUGUGAAACACGUUUUCUGCGUCAAUUGCCAGCAUAAUGGAUGAAACCUUAUCAUGCUGCGCCCCAUGAGUGAGACUGAAUAUUUUUGUGGUGUUGUCUUUAGCCUCCCUAGAGGGCACAAAUCCAGUCUGGUCAGGGUGUAUUAACCCUGGGAGUAGGGGUCUCCACCUCAAGGCCAGCAUUUUGGUUAAGAUUUUCAUGUCCACGUUUAUCAAUGAGAUCGGGAUGUAGUUUCCACGUGACUCUAAGUUUUUCCUGGGCUUGGGAAGGAGUGUGAUAUUGGCUUCUAGACUAGAUCGAGGUGUUGGUUUCUUGGUCCUAUAGAGUUAAUGGCUUCCACUAAGUGAGGGCUUAAUUCUUUCAAGAAAGUUUUUUUAUAAUAUGACGCUGAGAAACCAUCCGGUUCUGGGCUUUUAUUCGAAGGGUUGGUCUUGAUAACAUUAGUUAAUUCCUCUAUGGUUCAUCAAGCGAUCGCGAUACUAUGUUUGGGAGGACCCUAUCGAAUUUAUCUGCCAGAUAUGCCCUGGUUUUGUCUGGGUCUGAUGCCCCUUUAGAGAUAAUAUAAAGCGAGUGAUAUAAGUCACAGAAUGUCCCCCCUGUCUCCUCAUUAGAAUGCACCAGUUUAUUAGUGGUCGUCUUGAUCUGUGUGAUAUACGUCCGUUCCUGUCUCUGUUUUAAUGCGUUUGCUAAUAAUCUCCCGCAUCUAUUGCCUUGGGCGUAAAAUAGUUGUUUAGUCCAAAGGAGUGUUUUUUUUUAGCUUUGUAGCAAUAUGGUAAGUUAAGAUCUGAGGGAUUGAAGUUUACAAUAAUCUAGUUCAGACAUAUUAAUCUUUUGGGCCUCUUCUAGUUGUUUAAUGUCAGUCAGUAACUCAGUCUGCUUUUUAAUACCCUUUUUUUCAAAAAAAUCCCCAUUUUAUUAAUUCCCCUCUAAUGACGUAUUUAUGUGCCUCCCAUUGCAGAAAAGGCAUAGUAUGUAGUGUCUUGUUUUCCUCAGAUGGAAUUAACAGGAAGUAGGUAGAAGCAGAACCUAUGAGAUUGUUGUGGACCAAACCAAGUGUUUGAUGAUUUGAAUAUCUGCCCCUAGCCAAAUUAUUGAUAUUUAAUGCCUGCACGCUCCUAAAGUAAAUUCACACCAGACACAAGUUUCUGGUUGAUUAAAGAACUUCAGGAAUGUUUAAUCAGGGGGCGGGGAGCCCCUUAUAAAGGCAGAAAUACAUCAUAUGCAGAAAGCAAGAUAACAGAGAAUACAUCUUUAAUUGGUCGAGUGUUAAGUGUCUUAUCUAAUGCCCUUCCUUCAAAGUGUGAUGUCACCAGCAUCCUGGGUGUAGUCCUGGCUUGAGACGCCAUCUUAGCAAAUGACAUUCCUCACAUUCUUUACAUGAUGGGAGGGCUGCAGCCAUUUUGAGCAGUUAAUGAACACAGGAUUGGAGGGGGUGCUCCAACAGCAAUAUCUAAGUAAAUAGACAUGUUACUAAUAUUAAAUAUAUGUCUACAACAAGAUAUAUAGGUAGAAGUAAGAAAGAGAACCUAUAAAGGAAGUUCUAGGUAAGGUAGAAGUAGAUUACCGAAAUUAAAGGUUUAGGCAAUAUGCCCCAGGUAGGAUUUUUAGUAACAGGAUAGCAUAGAAUAGAUAUUACAGGAAAUAAAGAGACGAAAACCUAUAACUGAAAAUUAUAGGUUACAUGUUAAAACAAAAUACGAUAGACAGAACUAAACAGAAAUAUAAAGGAUAAAAUAAUACAGAUCAGUCAGACAUUUAGUUGUUAAGCCUCUUUUGGUUUGUAGGUUGUAUAGCAGGAUUUUGGAAAGCUGAAUUAGAAUCCUUUAGGAUAAUUGUAAUUAUCAAGGCUGUUUGUAAUCUCCACGUUGGUUAAGUAGUUUUCCGUAAAUUUAGUAACAAUUCAAUAUUAAAUCCAAGUCCAGUAAUGUAUAACACAGGUAGCAAUCACAGAUUAGGUUACCUCCAAGUGUAUGUGUAGGAAACAGGUUUUCUCCAAGUAGAUUUUCUCCAAACGUAUGGAUAAUAAGCAGGUUUUCUCCAAGCGUAUGGGUAGUAAGCAAGUUUGGAAAUUAGCAGGUUGAAAGGAAUAAUUCCAGGAUAUAACAGGUUUUUACAGAAGGAGCCAGGAUCAGAACGUAACUACAAUCAAUGUCAAGGCAGAUUGUGUGGCCUCUUAUAGCAGGUUGAACUGAUGUGAUAGGCAGGUGAAAGUUUGUUCAGACUAGUGGCUAGGGAGGCUACUAGUUCAGAAAACUGUGAAUUUCUUUUUUUUAUAGAAACAGAAAUAAAAAGAAACAAAAUUCUUGGUUGUCAGGAUAGAAACCUGACAGCAUGUGGAAAUUUUCUGUGCGUCAACUUAGGGGCAUUGUUUCCUCUAAAAUGUGUUUCCUGCACAAAUAUCACAUCGGCAUUCAACCUAUUGAGUCCCCUGACGUUGUCGGAGAGUAUGUUCAAGGUCCCUAUUGUGGUAGCGGUGCCAGUAGACGCGUCAUUGUAUCUGUGCCUCACAACACUGUAAUCACAAGGUACGAAUUCAAAAUGAGAAUCUAAGUGCGAACGUGUGAUUUAAAAAUAGUUGAAUGUGAAAAAUAAACAGAUUAAAGAAAUAUUGAACUAAAAGAACAGGGAUGAAUUCUAAUCCUAGGAAUGACCUAGAAAUGUUAGUAAUUAUACUAACUGAGUAGGAGUUGAUGCAAGUCUCCUUUCAGAUUCAGCUAUAACAGCUGAAUCAAGAAUAAUCACAUACGAAAGGAACAAUCCGUUCCGGUUAUGCGAGGGUAGUUGUGAUAGUGUCACAAUGACAAAAAUCGAAAUAUUAGUCAUGGCUCCGUAGAGCUACUAUCAAUGUAAACAAAGUAUGAAUGUGCUGCUCCCUGCGGCCGAUCUUCUAACAUGAAUCAGGUUUGUGACGCCGCCAUGUGCAUUAGACUGGUUUUCUGUUGUUAAAAUCUAUCUUUAACCCCUUAAGGACCAAACUUCUGGAAUAAAAGGGAAUCAUGACAUUUCACACAUGUCAUGUGUCCUUAAGGGGUUAAAGGGGCAUUAUCUGAUUUUACCUGUUGUUGUAUAUUAUCUUGUUUUUUGUCUUUUGGCGCAUCCUGAGUUUUUGGUUUUCUAGUCUCCACCUGUUUUAGGGGUUUUGGAGGAAAUCCCCUACCCUUCAUGUUUGCUGCCUCUGUAAAGCUUUUUUUUUUUUCCGUUUUCUAAGCGCUGCUUCAAUCCCCCUUUUGUUUAUCAGCUGAGCACCUUGAAUGUGAGCGGGGUGCGGGAGACCUCUGGUUUCUAUAGUGCCUAUAAUGUUCCUUUUAAAUAGUGGCCCUACACGGGUGCCCCAGACAAAUGUGCACUACUUCCUCACAAUAAUUAAACACAGAAAGGUCUGGUUUAUAAUUCAUGACCCUGAAAUAAUAUUCCACCAACAAAUAUAAAAGAAACAUUUUUGUCAGACAGACCUUCUUCAAGCCUGAAACUGAAAUGUAAUCUCCUAGGGCUGGCAUAAGGUUGUCGACUUUUAUCAUUAAAUGAUUACUCCAUGCAUCAUAACCCCCUGUAACCCUGGAGCCAUGUCAUACUAAUGGGGCAAAUUGUUUUACAAUAGUUUGCCCUCUUACAUGUGUCUCCUUUUAAGAAGACUUACGACGUCUUGCUUCUUUCAAAGCCAAAUGCGGAACCUGUCUCUCAUUCAUUAGUUGAGAGAAUCAGCCAGCGAAUGCAUAAUUUGCAUAGACCCCCCAUCGGUGACCCUGGCAGUACGGUGCACAAGGGGAUCCAGGGAAAGUGACUUCUACUUACCUGAUCCUGUCACUUGCGGCUGCCGCCAUCGUCUUGCUGCCAGUCUUUUUCUGCUCCAGUUGCUUCAACUUCAACAUCAGUUGUACUCUUGCAGACGUGAGGGAGGGGGGCACUCCAGGAGCCUAUAGUGCUAGGAAAAUGGGUUUAUUUUCCUGGCACUAUUGGAUCCCUUUAAUAAUUUCCAUCUAUAUCACAUGUACACCAGGGUGGACCAUUCACAACGUAUCAAUAAUAAUUAAAUGGGGACACUGUAGGCACCAAGACCACUUCACCUCAUUGGAGUGGUCUGGGUGCAGUGUCCCUUUUGCACCUAGUGUUGCAAUGUUAAACAUUGCAGUUACAUACUGGUGGUAAGGCAUAUUUAUUGGAAAACCCCUCAACUUUUUCGGCUCUUGUGAGAGCGAAACCUUUGAUGGUUUUCCAAUAAAUAUACUUUACAUGCACCUGUAUGUACUGGGUUAAAUUUUUUUUUCAUGAUUAAAGAUUUUUUUUUUUUUUUUUAUGAAAUACAAAUUUUGGAUGGCAGGCAGGGAGGCGUGACCGUGCAGGUCUAAGUGCUAUACCAGUCUGUUACUUGUGAUAUCCAUUUGUGAGUUCCUGAUAUACAAGGUAUAUCAUUAUAUAUGUUAUUAAAGAGAGCAAUGUAAUAGGCUGCUUGUUAUAAAUGUGUCUACACAACAAUAGUUGAUAAAGAAGUGUUUUUAGAGUGAAAUGGCGCACCAGUUUUUUGGGGGUUUUUUCUUCACUCUUUCUUUAAAGUUUUUAAAUAAUACAAUUGACAGGAACUGUGAGAAGACAAAACUAAGCAAUUGUAUGCAUUUCAGCUUGGGAUCUUAGUUUAAGUUUUUGUUUCUUUUCUUUACAGGAAUCUUCAACGAAAAUUUAACUUGGGCUUGUCAGAGAAUACCGGUCCCUCAGAGGAUUCAUGCCAGAGGUUUAAUAGUGUCCCUAUUUCUAAUCUUAUGAACUUCCAUGGACUCUGCCCUGAAAAUGUUGAUAUUCCAGUUGACACAGCACCUGCUGAAGGAGCUGUUGCGACCACAGCUGACCACCUAGCACAUCCAGCGGCUACACUGGAAGACAUGGAAGUUGCCUCGGUUAUUAAUGGGCCUAUUUCAGACAAUGGUUUGGACUCUAAUGUGAGGGUUGACAUUACUUCUGAGAUGUCGGAAGUUGCACAAGCAGCUGGUUCCAGUAUAAAGGAAAGAGUAUCUACACGUCCGGUCUCUCCUUCUGUGUACAUGUUACGCCACCCACAGCCUCCAGGUGCUUAUAUCCAAAGUGAGCAUAGCUACCAUGUUGGAAAUGCUCUGUUAUGGAAGAAGAGAGCUGAGGCUGCCCUAGAAGCACUGAGCAAGGUGCAAAGGCAGCUUGAGGCAUGCAGGCGUAGAGAACAGCGACUGCGUCUUCGAAUCUCUGCUUUGCAGCACGAACAUGUGCGCGAAAGACGAGCACAGACCGAUGUAAGAGAAAAGUUAAAAGAACAUCUUCAGGUUUUUGAGUUGCAGCUCAUCAAUGACUUUGUAUGAUUCUCUAGACUACUACUCAACAAAUGCUGGUUUGUCUGAACAUUGUCACUCUUCUGAGGCAAAGCGCAAAAGUGCACUGAUUAACAUUUUGUCCAUAACCAGUACAAACCUUCACCUAUAUUUUGGAACCCCAGAUGAUGAAGAAUCUACAUCUGUUACAUAUUUUAGCUUGUAAAAUGGCUCAUCUGUUUAGUUACCACAGAUCUGAUCUUAAAACCCAAUAUUUCCGCUGCUGGCUGUUCCGAACUAAUUUGACUGUUUUUGCUUUUACAGACAAAUCUUCUUGUGCUUUGUGGGCAAAUUUAACAUUCUUCUAUUUUGUAUUCCUCUGCUAUUUCUAUUUUAUUUGAGUUUGCUCUGUUUUGAAUAAAUACAGCUCCUGGUUUAGAACACUCUGUAUUGUUAGUGCAUUGUGUUUAAAAUUUAAAAAACAAAUAACUAUCUGACCCUGUCUUUUUUUUAUUCUAUAUCCAUUAUUACUUUUUCAUAUGAGUCAAUUUAUCUCUAGCAAACCUUAAUCCUAACAUGUUCCAUAGUUAAAUUUUACAGAAUUACAUAAAAUAAAACUGUUGCAUAGAACAAAAAUCAGCUUAUCAUCCAAAUUCUACAUGUUAUGCUACAAAAAAGUAAUAUAUUCCUGAUUAAGAUCCAAAACGUGGAUAUUUUGUUUACAUGUGUGUGUAUAUAUAUUUCAAGUAAAAUACUAAUGUACUGCAUGUGGUAUUCUGGUGCGGUGGAUUUGUUGAGCUUUAUUUUAGCAGUCACCGUAUCAAUUCAAAGAGUCAUCUGGUCCGUCUUACUUUCUAGUGUUAGACCAUUAAAUACCCCUCCGCCACACAGAACACAAUGUUUUCAUAGUUGGGUUAAAAUGUUGGGCUGCCACGCAGAAAGCUAUUAGAGGCGCUUCCGCCGACAUAGCAGAGUAAAACUCUUUUUCAAGUAGAUGUUCUCAUGGAGACCAUCUGAUUGGUGCUGCAUUUUUAAAGUCAUGCGUUAUUGCCUCCCAAUGCUUUUCUAUCAAAGCAUUGGAGCGGCUGAGAUCUUUGAUCUCGAUCUCAGCCAAGGUUGCAUGGCCAGCCACGAGACCAGCGCUGCGAGGGAGAAAAGGAAAGUAAAAGUACUUUUUUUUUUUUUUUUUUUAAUUCCCCCUCUCCCUACCUGGUGGAAGCUGGUCAUCUAAAUGGACACCAGGGCCACUAUAGUGUUAGGAAUACACAUUUGAGUUCCUAACAGGUUUCUGUUUGAGACACAUUGUUUGGUUUGGUUUAGUUUGUUUUCUUCACCGAGGUGGAGAUUUUUGUUCGAGAGACAUUCUUGCUGCAUUAUAGUAGACAGGAUGAGAUUGGUAUGGAAAAAAAAAAGUCACUGUUAUCCCAGUAAAAAAUAAACAAGCUCAGACCAUGACAGUUUAAGUUAGAUUAAAUAGUGGUUCCUUUUAACAUUGAUUCAUUUAAAACUGUACAGCGUUUUAUUUUUAUUUUGUUUUUAAAUAUGUAUUAUAACAUUUUACAUCUAUUUCUCAUCUUCAAACUUGUUCAAUAAACUAGUUAUAAAAUAACUUCAGCCAUCUCUCUCAAAUGUAUUGAAUAGUCUCCGUAAUACAUUGUUUGUGUGUGUAGAUUACUUACUAUUCCAAACAGCAAAACCUUUGCACAACAAAAUCCCACAUGACAUUUUUCUAUGUAAUUAAACACGUAUUCUGUUGGAAUCCUCCUAAGGUGGCAAAAAAAAUUAACAAAUAUCCAGGCACUCAGUGAUUAAUCCGAUACAGAUUUUAUUGGCCUUUCUGUGUCCAAUAGAACCUCUAUUUGCUUAACCACUGGGUGCCUGAGCAUUU